GAGGAGCUCGGAGAGACGCCGGGUAGAGCGAGGAGCGGCCGCAACUGCCCGGAGAGGCCCGGCCCGCGGCGCGGCGGAGCGGGUGAGGGCGCAGCGUGUCCUUCUGUGCCGAACACGCCCGUAGGAAUGCCCUAGCACUCCAUGCGCAAAUGAAGAAGACCAGCCCAGGGCCUGUGAGCGAAACGUUGUUGUGCCAGCUGAGUUCCUAUGCUAAGACGGAGCUGGGGUCUCAGACUCCAGAAAGCGUCCGUAGUGAAGCCAGCCGAAUACUGGAUGAAGACAGCUGGAGUGAUGGGGACCAGGAACCCAUUACUGUGGAUCAGACAUGGAGAGGUGACCCUGACAGUGAAGCUGAUAGCAUAGACAGUGAUCAAGAAGAUCCCCUAAAACAUGCUGGUGUCUACACAGCAGAAGAAGUGGCCCUGAUUAUGCGUGAGAAGUUAAUUCGUUUGCAGUCUUUGUACAUUGACCAGUUUAAACGACUUCAGCAUCUGCUCAAGGAGAAGAAGCGCCGGUACUUACAUAACCGCAGAGUGGAGCACGAAGCCCUAGGCAGCAGUCUCCUGACUGGCCCAGAGGGACUUUUAGCCAAAGAACGAGAAAACUUAAAGCGAUUAAAAUGUCUCCGGCGGUAUCGCCAGCGCUAUGGAGUGGAAGCCUUACUACAUCGGCAACUGAAGGAACGCAGAAUGCUGGCCACCGAUGGUGCUGCCCAGCAGGCCCAUACCACUCGCUCCAGUCAGAGGUGCUUGGCGUUUGUGGAUGACGUUCGUUGUUCCAAUCAGUCUCUCCCAAUGACCAGACACUGCCUUACCCAUAUUUGUCAGGAUACGAAUCAAGUUCUCUUCAAAUGCUGCCAGGGGUCUGAAGAGGUCCCCUGCCACAAAGCAGUUCCUGUAAGCCUUUCUGAGGAUCCCUGCUGCCCACUGCAUUUCCGGCUGCCUCCUCAGAUGUAUAAGCCCGAGCAGGUACUGUGUGUGCCAGACGAUCUGGAAGCCGGCCCCACGGAUCUGUACUUGAGUGCUGCCGAGCUCCAGCCCACUGAGAGUUUACCACUGGAGUUCAGUGAUGACUUGGAUGUUGUAGGUGAUGCUCUGCAGUGCCCGCCUUCACCUUUGCUGUUUGACCCUUCACUAGCCCUUGAAGAUCAUUCAGUCACCGACGUUGCUGCGGGCGCAGUGGAUGUACUGGGCCAGAUGCAGAUGGCUGGAGAUGGGUGCAGAUCGCAGGGAUCUCGGAAUGCUGAGAAAGUCUGUGCACCGCUGCCUCAAAGCGGAUUGGCUACUGCGAAUGGGAAGCCAGAACCCACUUCUCUCAGUUGACAGUUUAUUCGAGGAACUGUUUGCCUUGGUGGUUUUGAAUUUCCCAUUCUUCAAGGAAGGAUCUUUGAUGACCUUUUACAUAAAUGGGGCAGCUCUGUCUUGUUUGCCUUCUGGAUUAGAGAGUUGUAAUUCAAUAAAAGCUAAAUUUGGGGAGAAUGGGUCAGUAGUGUCCAAAAGUUUCUUUCCACUCUGGGCAACUAGGAGAGGUAAUCCUUCUCUCUGGGACUGAAUAAAUGUUUGGGACUUUGCCUAAUGGGAAAGACAUUUUUGGAAUGCUAUUUCCUAAGUCCCGGGCAAGAAUCCACAUAGAUGAUUAGGUAGGGGCUGUGUUUAGGAAUGGUGCCUUUGAAAUAUUGGUGGUCCCAGCAUCUGGUUAUCUACUCAAAGGCCUGCAUUUCUUCGUUACAUCCGCGUAAUCUGGUGUCUGAAUCCUUUUUCCCAACUGAACUCUCACUUUUAUCCUCUGAGAAAAUAUCCCACAGGACGGGGCCCUCCUUAACCAUCUGUCUUCUAAUCUAUGUAAAUUUGUGCGAUGGGCUAUCUUAUGUAAAAUACAGUAGAAAUUUAUGUACAUAGUUUCUAUUAAAUGUUAAAACUUGAAAAUGUAAAA